AUGAUUAGAGGAGGAAAGUGUGGGCCCAGUGUGGAGAAGCCAAAGAGGGAGGAUAUGGAACAACUGGAGAUGGAGGCCAGAAGGUUGGAAGAAGCACCUGCAGAGGGUGAGGAUGGGAAAAGAACCAGACGAAUCUCCCUGCAACUUGGAGGCAUGGUUGUUCAGUGGAUGGUCUUGUUUGCCUGUCUGAUCUGGAUUGGCUUGUGCUACCUCAGGAGUCCAGACCCACAGACACAAUGGAUCUACAUCAAGCCUAGCAAUCACUCCAUCGUCUAUAAGAAACCCAUUGGUAUUAAAAAGAAGGAUGGCACAAUGGAAAUCAAUGUUCUGAACCACUCCAUCCCAAUCCACUGUGAUGGCCUCUACCUGUUCUUUCUGAAGGGGACCAUUACCCUGCAAAGGGCAAAGGAUGGACUGAUUCUCAGGGUUUACUAUCAGCCCAAACAGCACUUCUUGAAGGUAAAUUGCAGUGACCAGAAUACAGAGGUGCGAGAAGUCAUAGUGCGUGAGUUUCGUUCUAAGGAUGAGGUCUACUUGGAGGCAGAUUCUAAUGAUGAUGAAAAUCAUGAAGCACCCAAACAGGACCUGACACUGAGCCUCAUCAUGUUAACUCCUCGUUCAUAUUGUUAUCCUGAAAAUUAAUUAAAUGACCAGUGAACUUAUCUGCAGGUGUUUGGGCAAUUAUAUACAGUGUCAUACCGACUCUGAAUUAAGCAUAUCCAGAACUGAUUCCCACUUGAAAAAUUUCCAGGCCUAAUUAGUUUAAACCAGCCAAUGGUAUAGAAAUGGUAAUAGAAAACACCUGCACUUCCUGCCUGCCUGCCCUUGUACAGAUGACACGUCUGGUAGAAUCAAGGUCUUCUUCCCUCCGUCCCUUCUGAAUAGAGCCUAUGCAGAGGAAUGUGUGGAGGUCAGGAGUCCCAUUCCUUCCUGCCCUUCUUCCAUGUUUUGAUU